CGGCUGCUGGACCGCGGGCGCGCCCAGGUAAGGGGGCUCCGAGCGCGCAGUGCGGACCCUCGCGGGAACCUGCGCCGCCGCCACCAUGUCUCAAGAAGGUGUGGAGCUGGAGAAAAGCGUCCGGCGCCUCCGGGAGAAGUUUCAUGGGAAGGUAUCCUCCAAGAAGGCGGGGACUCUGAUGAGGAAAUUUGGCAGCGACCACACGGGAGUGGGGCGCUCUAUCGUGUACGGGGUAAAGCAGCAAGAUGGACAGGAACUGAGUAAUGACCUGGAUGCCCAGGACCCACCAGAGGAUAUGAAGCAGGACCAGGACAUCCAGGAUGUGGCGACCUCCCUCCUGCCACUGACAGAAGCCAACCUCCGCAUGUUCCAACGCGCCCAGGAAGACCUCAUUCCCGCUGUGGAUCGGCAAUUUGCCUGUUCCUCCUGUGACCAUGUCUGGUGGCGGCGCGUACCCCAGAGGAAGGAGGUGUCCCGGUGCAGGAAAUGCCGAAAGCGCUAUGAGCCCGUGCCCUGUGACAAGAUGUGGGGUGUGGCUGAGUUCCACUGCCCGAGGUGUCGGCACAACUUCCGCACUCACACCCACUCCUGCUCGGCUGCCGAUUGCUACAACCGGCGAGAGCCCCACAUGCCUGGGACGUCCUGCGCACACCCCAAGAGCCGAAAGCAGAACCACCUGCCCCAAGUCCUGCACCCCAGCAACCCCCACAUCAGCAGUGGCUCCACUGUGGCCACCUGCCUGAGCCAGGGGGGCCUCCUGGAAGACCUGGACAACCUCAUCCUGGAGGACCUAAAGGAGGAAGAGGAGGAGGAGGGGGGUGGGCACAGGGAGUGACCCCUGACAGGGGCAGAGGCAAACCAGACACGCUCUGUGGAGAUUCUGUGUUGUUAUAAAAUAUGAGCUCAAACUGCGAUCUAAACGCCCUUCUGGAGCCAUUUGGGUCUAAGAUACCAGCAGGGGGGAUUCUUGGGUCCCGUUUUCAGGGGAGCAGAUCCACAACGUGGGAUGUGGCCCCCGCUAAGUCACAAAGCAAGUGUGGCCAGGACAACUUGGGCUCCUGCUGACAAAUGUCCCCUGGGACCUGAGGGACAGAUAGACGGAUGGUCACAGCCUCAGGGGCCGGAUCAGCAUGGCGGCCUUCUUGAGAGAGUAAGCCCCGCCACGAAACUCAGCCCAGUAGACACCAUCUUGGUAGCGGCUGCGGUAAUGGCCACCGCGGUGCCACACGCCGUUGAGGUUCGAGUGGGCACAGGCGUGGUACCACCAGCCUCCCCGCUGGUACAAGGCACAGUUACCUGAGGGGAGAGAAAACCCAUAUCCUGUCACCAAAAUAAAAGCCUCUACCACUACCUCACUAGUGCAAGGCUUUUGUCAGGCAUCCCCUGGCCCUUCUCACUCUUACUGAAUAUAACCUCGAUCCUCCCUCUCUCCAG